AUGCGAAGUUGGCGUCGCACUUGUGUUUACAAAUGUGAAUUGAAGGUACGUGCAGUAAUCAUAUGCAAAGGAUCAAUCAUGGAUAAGAAAAAGGCAAAGCUGGUGGAGAGCAAAACUCCGGCGCAACUGCUCCACGAAAAAUUAGCGAAAUGUGGCUCAACAGCCCAAUACGAAUUGGUUUACGAUUGGACGAAAGGGACGACCAACGUCCCGAAAUUCACGUGGAAAGUAACAGUCGGAGACCAAGAGGCCUUUGGUACAGACAACAGUAAAAAAAAGGCGAAACAAGAUGCAGCCCGGAAUCUGCUUAUGCAAAUAAGCGAUGAUAUUGAACUAUUGAAAGCACUUCCACAAAACACAGGAGAGAAUAUGCAAAACCACAUUGGAAAUUUGAGUAUGUUCUGCGCCCGAAACGAAUUACCCCAACCACAGUACCACGAAGACAUCGAGGACGGCCCAGCCCACAAACGAAGAUUCUACUGGAACUGCAUCGUGGGUCAGCACCGAGAGGUGGGAGUUGCCCACGCGACAAAAUCAGCCAAACAGUUGGCAGCGCAAGCAAUGUACCUCAAGCUCGUGGGUUUGAUAAGCAACCCCAACGACGCCGACUUGCCGGACUACCGACUCAACACGGAGACCAUGCCCCUGUGCAAAAUCGAGAAAUCCGAGAAGCUUGAACCCCAAGACAAAGACGAAAUGGAUGUCCCAGAGGCCGAUCACCACGAGCCAAUUUCCCCGGAGCCACUGGACUUCGACGAAAGGUACGACGACGAGGAUCGAAGACAGAGCGUGAGGUAUUCACCCCGAAGGAGGGAAAAUGAACAUAGAAUGGAUCGAAGAUACGAGAAUGAAGACUACAAUAGGAUCGACUACCCCUCGACCUCUCGAUUCCCACGAUCCGAACGUCCUCACACUCCAGAGCGCUCUCGAAACAUCACAAUUGCCAGUGAAGAAUGUCUCGAGAGGAAGUACAAACUGCAGCUGUCGUCGUUCACCGAAUGGGACAUUCCCGUCGCCUCAGAAAUGCCUCGUCAUGACGAAGCUCCAGGGGAAAACGAUCCAGCUACUGCAGAACCCCAUCUUCUUCAUGAUUCUUCUAAUGUUAAAAGAGAGAUGAAGUACUCCCACAGUAUCGACGCUGCGGGAAUAAACGAAGACGAGAACAAUCAUUCACUCUCACACGCAACGUCUGACGACCCACGAGACCCUGAAGUCACUCAAGACAUUAACGAUUUAAUGAACACCGAAAGUCAAGAACACGAAGAAGAACCUGGGGUCGACGUAACAGAACACAAAAUUCAACCGGAAGUCAAGUUCAAGAUUAAAUUGGGGGGAUUUGCUACUCCUUCAAUUCCUGCACCAGAUGCUUCUGGUUCUGCUAUCGAACCGCAAAUCACGGCGUCUGGGGGGCGAGGAGACAUUCCUAAAAGUCCUGAAAGCCAAGUUUCUCAGGUAAACGUUAGUCCUGAUGAACGUGUGGAUGGAAGCGAUUCAAUUGGGCUUCAAACCGGUCGCGAAAGUAAAUUAAAAACUGAAGAUGAUGAUAAGUCUAAUAAACAUGGAAUCGAGGGCAGAGGGACUGAUAGCAGAUAUUCUGCGACGAUAAGCAGUGCUCGUGAGGCAACUGAGGCAUCUCGUGAACCUGGGGAUUCGUCAGAUGUGACCGCAAGGGCAGCAGCUCCUCCUGAGGACAGAGACCUGUUCCCAGAGUAUUCUAUGAAAUUGGAAAUGGCAGAUUUAUCGUUUAAAACGGGAACCAUGGACGUGAGGGAUUCUCGAGAACGUUUGGAUAAUACGGAUAACUGUACAGGGGUACAUGACGAUAAUAAUGAGUCUAGGGGUAAUUCUUUGGAGGAAGUUAUGAGGGAAUUAAAGCCUGAGCCUCUCAUGGAUAUAUCGUCUGAGGGUGAACACACGAGUAAUGAUUCCUGGGCUGGUCUGAGACGAAUGGCAUCGGCGAGGGGUGCGUCGUCAGCAGCAGCUGAGACUCUGAGUGAUUGUAAAGUUCAAGAGGAAGGGCCAGAAAAUGGAGACCAGAAACAGCUCUCAGAACGUUCGACUCGAGAAGUCCAUUCUAAUGCACUGAAACGUGAAGAUUUUGGAAGAGGAAUUGAUGAGAGAAGUUCAUCACUGCAAAGUGAGAGAGUGAGAACUGUUGAUAAUGCAGAAAGGUUGAAUGGAAGUGCAGAAAGGUCCAAUGGGAAUGUCUGCCUGACAGCGUCAGCGUCGACUGCUGGUGGAAAGGAAGAUAAAAUGAACGGAAAUUAUUUGGAUCAGAAGGAAUCUGCAAUAACAGGGAAUGGGGAGCCAAUAGUUGAAGUGAAGAAGCCUCUCGACAUGACAAUAUCUCACUAUUAUUACAUGAUGCUGACUGAGCAUGGGAUAGACUUGAAACCGAAAGUUUGUAACAGGAUUUGUGAUUUGAUUGAUGCACUGGCUAAGUGGGAUGUCGUUAAGAAUCCACAUAUUGUUGAGGAGGGAAUUGCCAUUUUGAAGGAUAUUAUUGUCCUCAUUGAUCUCCAUUUGGAUAGAGUGGUUUAUCAGGCAUAUGAUGGAGAGUACAUUGUUGUUAUUUACAUCAACAGUAUUUCAGAGAUUGUCGAAAUGGCGAAAAAAUGUGAUUUAAAUGAGGCGAAUAGGGCUGUCUUCUUCAAGGUCAUCAGUAGGCUGGACAAAAUGUUACUGUGAUUUCGAUAUUAAUUUCUACUCAAUUCCGUAGUGAAAUAGUGAAAUUGUUCAAGUGGAUUUUGACUUUUGUUAGUUUUUAAUGAAUAUCUUGAAAUGUAAGGGAGAUGGCGGAAUUUUUGUUAUGACCUUUUUUGUAGAGCGA